GCCAGCUUUUUUUUUAUAAAACGUACAUGUAUAAACAUCACAUAGUACAGCAGCAGUUUAGCAGGACAAUGCACGUAAACGAACCUGCAUGCUUAAUCUAUUUGUCAGCUUGCAUUUAUGCACGUUGCCGGCAUACAUGUUAUUUGCUCUGCCUGUCUCGGAUUAAUAAAUCGAAUUUGGUAAAUUGAGUAGCGAGCCCAGAUUUGCUUUUGAUAACCAAAAAAUAACAGGCAAGUGACAUCUGGAUCGGGAAUGAAAGAGAAAUGAGAAGACAGACUGGAAUAAGCAGGCCUUCUUAGUUGCUGUUGUUGGUACGACCUAGUAUUUCAUUGAGUAGAUAUUAGAGAAAAGGCUGUGUGGUGACUCUUGUUCUCGAUAAGAUCGUUUUUCUCAAAUGAGGGCAAGCGCUCGCUCACAUGUUGUGUGUGUGUGUGCUUCUGCCAUGACUGUCACUUAUUACUUAAUGUACUACGUAAC